GAUGGAGAGAUGGUUGAAACGCCGUCCUGGUUAUCAACCUAAAGAACGAUCAACCUCUGCUCCAGGAGAGCCCCGUGUUGCUGGAUGAGUUUGGUCAGAGCCCCAACACGCUUCGCCAGUCGGACCUUCCCACUCCUGAAGAGUCUCUGGCAAACGGGGCACGGAUACAGUUCCUCUGAAGACUCGUCCACCCAAAAGGAAUCAUGGCGCAGAGUUUCCAUGAAGAAGUGACUUGCCCCAUUUGCCUGGAUUAUUUCAACUACCCCAUGUCCCUAGGGUGUGGCCACACCUUCUGCUUCCAUUGCAUCGUCCACUGGGCAAGCGGAACGGAGCGAUCUUGUUUCUCUUGCCCCGAGUGCCGGAGAAUCUCCCACAGGAGGGACGUCUGGCCCAACAAGCAGCUGGGAAUUCUGGCUGAGCUCGUAAAACAACACAGUCCCAUCCUGGUGCAGACCUUGAGCAUGGAAGACGACAUUCACAGGAUCACGGAUGAUCUCACUCUGGAUCCGGACACCGCACACCCCUUCCUCGACGUUUCCAAGGACCGCAGAAGCGUGAAAUGUGGCGAUGUCCUUCGGGAUGUGCCCAAGCACCCGGGAAGAUUUGACGAAGCUCACCUUGUCCUUGCUUCCAAGAGUUUCAGCUCUGGCACUCAUUACUGGGAGGUGGAAGUGGCAGGAAAGACCGGGUGGAUUCUGGGUGUUUGUAAAGAAUCCCUGAGCCGCAAAGGGAAUAUUAGGCUUUCACCAAAAUGUGGAUACUGGACCAUAUUCCUGGAGAGGGGAAAUCAGUUUCAAGCUGGGGCCUCCCCAGAGAUCUCCCUAUCCUUGGGAACCUCUCCCUGCCGAGUGGGUGUCUUUCUGGAUGUGGAGAAUGGAAGCAUUUCCUUUUAUAACGUUACUGGCAAAUUGCACAUUUAUUCAUUCACGAGAGUCACCUUUUCGGAGCCUGUCCGACCUGUAUUCGGACCUGGUGGCCCGGAUGGAGGAGGAAAUGUGGCUCCUUUGACCAUAUGCCCAUUAGUACCCAGAUCUCGAUAAGUUCCUGAUAGUGGUGUGGGAUCUGGGUAGUUGGGGGUGGGAUUUAAUAAUAAUAAUAAUAAUGAUAAUAAUAAUGAUUAAGGUAUUU